AUGUUAACAUUAUUUAUUGCAAUCGUCAUAGUGCUCUCAUUAGCAUUAUUUUUCAUCUUCAUAUAGCCGUUAGUCCCCUUGCUUUUAUUAAAACUUAAGUUAGGAGACAAAGCGAUUAUAAUGUUUUAUCCAAUUUUUGGUUUCAUUGGCAUUUUUAUGAGGUCAAUAAAAACCAACUAAGAUGUGAUGAAAUCGAUAAAUGUAGCUCUUAGAAAUAAUCCAAGAGCAAAGAUCAUACUAUCAAAUUUUCUAAAUAAACCUUGUAUUAUGUUUGCAGGAACAGAAUAUCUAAAACAAUCCUAUUAAGAUCAUGAUGAUUUUGAAAAACUCGAUCCAUUUAUGCUACCUUCAUUUAUGCAAAAAGGAUUAGCGAUGAGCGAGGGGGAGAAUUGGAAGAGAUAAAGAAAAUUUUUGGCUCCUGCAUUCACUUUUGAAAAAUUAAAAUCGAGAUUGCCUAUGAUGAACCAAGUUGUUGAGGAUAUUGCAGAAAAGGAUGAUAAAACAAAUUUAAAUGACUUCAUGUCACGAAUAACUGGAGAAAUAAUUGUAAAAAGUUUUUUUGGGAAGUUAGGUGAAGGGUUCUAACUUGAAGGAAAAGAAGCAUGGGUAGCUCUGACUAAAUUAACAGGAGAAAUAUCUUUGAUUAUGAUGGAUAAUCUAUAUGCUUUCGUUAAAUCUUUAUUAUUUGGAGUAAAAACAUGGACCAUCCUGCCAACCAAAUAAGAAAAAGAUGUAGUGAGACGAGUUGAGAAUGUAAGAAUAAAAUUGAACGAAUUGAUCUUAAACAGAGUAGAAUAAUUAAAGGAUAGUCCAGUCCAAGAUCAAGAUAAAAUGGUUUUCUUAGAUUUAUAUGUAACUGAAUACUUAAAAUAAAAAAAAUAAAAUGAAUAAUAGAUAGAUCUUGAAGAAAUAUUGCAUCAAUUCAUAACCCUAUUCUUUGCUGGGACUGAUUCAACAGCAACAAUUUGUGGAACUUGCUUAUAUUAUUUAGCUAAAUAUCCUGAGAUUUAAUCUGAAAUCUUAGAAGAAGUAAAUGAAGUAAUUGGAAAUGCUGAUAUAAAUGAAGACAAUUUAAAUAAGCUAAUUAAGGUUAACGCUUUGAUUUAAGAAGUUUUAAGAUUGAGGAAUCCAGCAUUUGUUACACUCUUUAGAACAGUUAAACGUGAUAAAUAGGUUUAAGACAUUAAACUUAAAAAGGGAUGGGCAUUAGUAUAAAUGCAUAAUGCCAAUAGUAUCUUAGAUUCACAUUUUGAUAAUGCCACCGAAUUUAAUUAUAAAAGAUGGCUAAGCAAGGAUACUAUAAUUAAAAACGAUAAUGGAUACAUUUACAUUCCUUUGACAGCAGGGCCAAGAAAUUGUAUUGGAUAUCACAUGGCAUUGAUGGAAGCAAAGAUUAUUAUAGCAUUGCUGAUUAGGAAAUAUAAAAUACUUUUAAAUCCGGCCGUUUAGCAAAUCAGAUUUGGAAUUAAAUUCUUUUAAUGUGUUGAACCAGAUAACUGUGUAUUAUUUGAAAAAAGAAUUUGA